UGCUAAAAUUAGGGGCUGGUGCUUCCACGACAGCAGCCAAACUGCCGUGCAUAAAGUCAUGUAAAACCAGGGGAUACACUAUCACAAGGGCUGGCAGUAAAGACAAGCUUUCCAUGGGUGACAUUUAACGCCACACGUUGACUGAAGAGGCACUGUGCGUUACGCAGCGACAGCGCUGGAUCAUCACUGACCACAGCUGCGCAAAUCAUGAGUAUUUGGUAGCUCUUUAGAGACGCCAUAUGUAGUCUUCGGCUCCUUUGAGUGUUUACGUCUGCAAAAAUAAUAUAAAAAAACAUGUCUUUUUUGACCAUACCAAGCCAAGAGGGUCUUUUUAAAACGAUAAAAACAGGCAGAUCAGGCGAGGACGCAGAUAGUAGGUCACUCAUGGACGCCGAAGAUAACCAGAAUGAUGACGAUGAUGAUGAUGACACCGAGGACGUCCGCUUCAUCCCAAGAUGCUCCCCGGUGCCCAGAAAGCGAGGUGCGUCAAUUUUCGAUGAGACCGCUGAGUAUAUGCGGAUCCACUUGGCGCUGUCCGCCGGGAAGAGAGUGUCAUUUGCCGACACAACAGGUGGGGAUUUGGUGGAUGUGAAGGAAUUUGUUGCCUUUGAUUCGGACGAUGAAGACUCUAUUGCAAAGUGGGACGAAGAGGAGGCAAAGUAUCGGAAGCCUGAGCGAGAGCCGAUCUAUCAUGUGCUCCCAGAGUUUCAUGCACCCAUGGGUAAUGCUCUGCUGCAGGCUGUGCGCACCAAUAAAGUGGAGGUUGAGCAGAUGUCUCCAGCUGAGAACGAUCCUCUCGCCUUCACAGGGGUAAUACGAGUGCUGAACAUUUCCUUCCACAAAGCAGUUUAUGUCAGAUCGACAAUGGACAAUUGGGCCACUUACUUCGAUCACCCAGCAGAGUAUGUCCCGGGAUCUCACGAUGGAGAAACUGACAAGUUCUCCUUCAAGCUGUCUUUUGCGCCACCUUAUACCACACAUGGCUCUCGCAUUGAGUUCGUUGUACGCUAUGAAACCUCUGAUGGUGAUUACUGGGCUAAUAACUCCUCUAUGAACUAUGUGGUAACUCUGCUCCUGACCUACGAAGAUGAUUCAGCUCAUACAAACAUCAACACACAGGAAAUGAAAAGUAUCCUGAAACCUCCAAAAGCUUACAGUAUGAACAAUGAUUCAGAGGAUGAACUGGAAAAGGAAGAAGAAGAAGCAGGGACCUCCGAGACUCGUCCGGGACUUCUCCGGCCUACGGCUGUGUGUCCCGUCAUCGUAAAGCCGGAGAUUGAUGUAGAGCAGAUCGCAGCUCACCCGUCUGGUCCCUUUGUCCCACCCAACCACGAGCUUCCAUCUGACGAUGGCACGCUGUCCGCUCACACUGUAUUCCCAGGUGAACAGUUUCCUUCUAUGUCUUCCGAAACCACACAUCAAACUAAUUCAUCCUUUGUACUCUGUGCCAGCGAAUCAGUACAGCCAAAUAAGUCACAGCCUUUACCCAGACUCCACUGUGAAUUAGGCAACCAGACGUCUGAGCAGCGCGUAGACAGUAGUCCCUCUACGCCGCCGCCUGCCUCACAUCCUUUUCUGCAGCAAGACUCCAAACCCAGAUCAGACAUCUCCCAGACUGGCAGAGAGGAAAUCCCUUUAGAAGCAUCUUGCAUGUGUCUUCCUGCCACAGAGACAACAACAGGAGAGGAUGGAGCUGGAGAAAAACCAGCCAGUCAUCCUUGCCUUGAACUCCCUGCUGAGCGUGCCUGUACUCCCAGUGUGACACAGGGCUUUGAGCGAGACGUUGCUGUGGGAAUGAGUGAACCUGUUGAAGGAUUAUCAGAAAGUUCCAGCAGGUCUGCAGCAAAUCAUGAAGCCAGUACGCCUGCACUUUUGUCUCCAGUGGCUGAGACUCAGACAUCUCUGAAAGCAGAAGGUGAAGCUCUACCAUCAUCCGAGCUUCCAGAGAACACCUCAGUGAGUACAGGUGUCACUGAGGUGAGUGAAAACGUAGCUCAGUCUGUCUCAGCCUUGGAAGAGAAGGAAGAAGCUACACAUAUUUCCCCCGAUACGUCAUUAGAGAAUGAGCCAAGCACAGCGUCAGGGUUUUCCGAGCCCCAGUCUGAGCAUAACAGAAACAGGAAUCUUCUGCCAUCUGUCAUAUUUCUGAGUGGAGUUGUCUCCCUCUCGAUAGUGUUGCAGGAACCCACUGCCCUCUUCCUAAUUGGACUAAUUUUCAUUUUGUGCCGUUUGUGAUUUUGCCCCAAAUCUUCUGUCAAGCUAAGUGCCUUUUCAUGGUUUUAAAAUAAGCCAUCAAGCUAAGCAACAUGCACACAAAGUCCUCUUGAAGUUAUGCUUAUUUUAUGCAAAGUCAAAUGGAAGGAGAAAGCAAUUAUGGCGAUAUGUUCGUACACAUUGUGUUUUAUAUAGAUAUAAUAAUAAUCACCCCAUUUGUACAACAUUGUGAACCAAGUAUUAAAGCACAGUGUAGUAUUAGAGCUGUUUUGUAAGUGAUCAGUAAUGACCUUUUCUUGUCAUGUGGAGAGUCUCUGUUGUGUUAUGUUCUAGUUUAUUUAGUCACUAUCACAAUGCACUUUCACUGUUGUCAGUGUAGCAAAGCCUGUUGUUUAAGGACUUUGACUUUUGUGAAUUUCAAGUCGUUAUUGCUUCAAAAACGAAACAAAAGAACAACAGAAAGAUUACCCUAGUGGUAAAUAUAAGAGACUUACUAUAAAAAUGGGAUUUUGUUUACAAAAUGCAAAAGAAAAACAUGGUCAUGUGUGUGUGUUUUUUGCCUUAAUACUUAGUGAAAACAAGCCGGAAAUGGUAGCCGCUUGAGUGACAGCAAAACAAGUGGAAAACUGUUCACCUCGCUGUGGCACUUUUCAUUUCACAGGUCUUCCUUCUUGCUCGUAAAUGCAUAUUAAUCUUGUUGUAGUGCAGCACUUAGCUCGUAACAUAAUAGACAAUCUCACAGACAGACGGAAGCACUGAUUGAUACGUUUGAAGUGGUGAAAGUUUUUGCA